AUGGAGGCUUUCAGGUUGUUGUCUCGUGGAGGAGCAAAAUUUGACAAGGGUCGGUUUCGCAAUGAUGCAACGAACGGCGAAAGUAGCAAGGGCGUAAGAUCUACUACUCAGGAACUUGCACCAGGACAACUGCCGCCCGAGCUGGAUUUCUUCAAAUAUGCCAAGGCCGCCCCCAAUGGGCCUGCAUCGGCCCCUACGUCUAUGAAGCCACCCAAAUCAGAAGAGUCAGAAUCAUCGCCAGGUAAAAAGCGUAAGCGUAGUGACGAGGAUCAUAAGGAAUCGCUUCCUAAGCACCGUGUGACUUCAUCCGGGGAUGGUGUGCCUUCUCCAAUAUCAGAAUUCGAGGAUCUGUCCUCAAGGUAUAAAAUUCCUCAACGGCUGUUACAGAAUAUCGAGAACUGUGGUUAUGAUUCGCCCACUGGCAUUCAGGCCCACGGAAUCCCUGUGUUGCUAGAAGGAAGACACCUCAUUGCUAUAUCUCCAACCGGUACCGGAAAGACAAUGUCAUAUCUACUCCCUAUAUUCAGCCUUCUCCAAUCACCAGUAUCAUCGAAAUCCCCCCCGGAAAAUGCUGGAAAGGGGGCAAGAGCGGUAAUAGUUAGUCCUACACGGGAGCUCGCUGCACAAAUCUACAAUGAAUGCCUUAAACUUGCCGAUGGGCGGAAAUGGAGGAUUAUUUUGUAUGGAAAGGCUACGGGGUCAACUCUCGCUCAGCCCGAGGUAAGAGAUAAAGUUGACAUCGUGGUCACAACCCCGUUGAGAUUGGUCGAUUCAUUACAAAAAUCUUUAAUUAAUUUGGACAAUGUUCGGUGUUUGGUUCUUGAUGAAGCGGACCGACUUUUAGAAGGAGAGUUCUUCUCCCAGACAGAAGAAAUUGUGCAAUCUUGCACGCACCCGAACCUUCAAAAGGCCGUAUUUAGCGCCACAUUACCAGCGGGGGCCGAGGCAAUCGCAAAUGGCUACCUAGAUUCUCCCGUACGCAUAGUUGUUGGUCUCAAAGACUCGGCGACAUCCUCAGUUAAACAAAAACUAACUUUUGUCGGAACUGAAUCCGGAAAACUUCUUACGCUUCGACAGCAUCUCGCAGCCGGGUUUCAACCUCCGGUGCUUAUAUUCGUCCAAUCCCAAGAACGUGCACAGGAGUUAAGUGAGGAACUGCUAUACGAUGGGCGGAACGUGGAUGUUUUGCAUUCGGGAAGGACAAAGAAACAACGCUCGGACGCAGCCGAGAGAUUCCAACGCGGAGAAUGCCACAUCUUGGUUGCAACCGAGGUUAUGGCUCGUGGGAUGGAUUUUGCGGGCGUAAGACUGGUAAUCAAUUACGAUUUCCCGCAAUCGGUUCAGAGCUACAUUCACAGAAUUGGUCGUACCGGGCGUGCUGGGAGAGAAGGUGAAGCCGUGACAUACUUUACAAACGUAGAUGCGCCGUAUCUCAAAAUGAUUGCCAAUGUUUUGAAGGCAUCUAACAAUCCUGUGCCGGAGUGGAUGCUCAAGUUACCGAAGCCGUCCAAGAUGAAACGACGCGCAUUGAAACGAAAACCUGUUGCACGUAAAGACGUGGGUGUAGUUGCGGGGCGAGCAGUGGGUAAAGGAGAGGCAAUUCGUAGGAGGGAAAUGAUUGCGGCAAGCAAACGACGAAAGAUGGGCGAAAAUAGGCCUGAUUCGGAAGAGAGGAAUUCCGAUGAAGCCGGCAACUUAUAA